AUGGCUGCUCCUUCCCUCGUGUUCACGUUGGCCAUCCGGCUGCUCCGGCCCGCGCAGAGCUGCCACCUCCGUCAUCGCCCCUUCCACCUCUCGGUAGCUCGAAAUGAAGCUGUUGUCAUUUCUGGAAGGAAACUUGCACAGCAGAUCAAGCAGGAAGUGCGGCAGGAGGUGGAAGAAUGGGUGGCAUCGGGCAACAAGCGGCCACACCUGAGCGUGGUUCUGGUUGGUGAAAAUCCUGCGAGUCACUCCUACGUCCUCAACAAAACCAGGGCAGCGGCAGAAGUGGGAAUCAACAGUGAGACAAUUGUGAAACCAGCUUCAAUUUCAGAGGAAGAACUGUUGAAUUUAAUUAAUAAACUAAAUAAUGAUGAUAAUGUAGAUGGCCUCCUUGUUCAGCUGCCUCUUCCAGAGCACAUGGACGAGAGAAAGAUCUGCAAUGCCGUUUCUCCAGACAAGGAUGUUGAUGGCUUUCAUGUAAUUAAUGUAGGGCGAAUGUGUUUGGACCAGUAUUCCAUGUUACCAGCUACCCCAUGGGGUGUCUGGGAAAUAAUUAAGCGAACCGGCAUUCCAACCCUGGGGAAGAAUGUGGUUGUGGCUGGGAGGUCAAAAAACGUUGGAAUGCCCAUUGCAAUGCUACUACACACAGAUGGGGCUCACGAGCGCCCUGGAGGCGAUGCCACUGUUACAAUAUCUCAUCGAUACACUCCCAAAGAGCAACUGAAGAAACAUACAGUUCUCGCAGACAUUGUGGUCUCUGCUGCAGGCAUUCCAAAUCUGAUCACAGCAGAUAUGAUCAAGGAGGGAGCAGCAGUCAUCGAUGUGGGAAUAAAUAGAAUUCAAGAUCCCAUCACUGCUAAACCCAAGUUGGUUGGAGAUGUGGAUUUUGAAGGCGUCAGAAAGAAAGCCGGUUACAUCACUCCAGUCCCUGGGGGUGUUGGUCCCAUGACAGUGGCGAUGCUAAUGAAGAAUACCAUUAUUGCUGCAAAAAAGGUGCUGAGGCUUGAAGAGCGAGAAGUAUUGAAGCCUAAGGAGCGUGGAGUUGCUACUAAUUAA